GAAUAUAUAACGAAACUUAAGACGCGUGUAUAGAUAAUAUAUAUGAAUGCAAUCAAGAGAUUGGCUACCAUAAAGUUCAAGUGGCUAAGCCAAAAGUAAGAAACUGUCAACUGGGUUAAUUAGGACAUUGAAUUGAAAUUUUCAUAAUGGAAAGAUAUAAUUUAUAACCCAGGAUCUUCCCAUUCAAUAUUGUGUCCAGCAACUAUUAAUUUUGGUAGGACGUAGAAUUGAAAUUUUCAUAACGGAAAAAUAUAAUUUAUAACCCAAAUCUUCCCAUUCAAUAUUAUGUCCAGCAACUAUUAAUUUUGGUAUCUCUAUAAGUUUAUAUAUAUCAUUGGACAUUGGGACUGAGAGACCACACAAAGGUUUUGCAAACUACCAUAUUUUUCUAAUUUUUUGCCUCUUUAGUCUAGCUAAUUAGCCAUGCCUAGAAAGAAGGUGAAGCUUGCAUUCAUCACCAACGACUCAGCAAGAAAAGCAACAUUCAAUAGAAGGAAGAAGGGUAUGAUGAAGAAGGUGAGCGAGCUAAGCACUCUAUGUGGCAUUGAUGCAUGCGCGAUUAUACAGAGUCCAUACGAGUCUCAACCUGAGGUUUGGCCAAACAACUUGGGAGUCCAACGUGUGCUGGCAAAGUUUGGGAGAAUGCUCGAGAUGGAACAACUUAACAAAAUAAUGACCCAAGAAAGCUUCAUUAGACAAAGGAUAGCGAAAGCGAAUGAACAACUCAAGAAAAAACUCAAGGAUAAUCGAGAGAAGGAGAUGACAGAAGUCAUGUACCAGUGUUUGAGUGGGAGAGGGCUCCAAAACUUGUCCAUGGUGGAUCAAUGUGAUCUUAAUUGGUUGAUAGAUAAAAAUUUGAAGGAAAUUGGAAGGAAGAUUGAAUUGUUGAAGAAAACUCCGCAACAAGAGAAGUUAUUGGGUGUUGAUUUGGCCAUGGAUGCUAUGAAAAGGUCACUCGGGUUCAAUGAAUGGAUGAACAAUCCACAUUAUGAGAAUAUGGGUUUUGAUGGGGAUAAAAUGAUGGUGCCAUUUGGAGGCAACCACAAUCUUAUGUGGUCUAGUUUUUUUUUCCCAUGAGAGAGA